AGAACAACAAGGUGGAAAUUUUUUUGUGUGUGAAUCUCGGCAGGCACCGCUCCAACUCUCCACCCCGUCCGUUUGCAUUAAUGAGGAUGUUAACUUUGUUGCCUUUAGUUCCUCACGUGUGACUCCUAAACAAUCGACCAAGCAUCCACUACAGUUUGGAAAAGAGUCGUUACCCAUGCGCCUGUCCUCUUCCCCUUGAGAGAGAAAAAAAGCUCAGAGCGGAUGCCGGGGGCGCACUGACUGUUUGCGGUGAGCUGUCUGUCUCGCUGUCAGUGAGCCUGCGCGGCUCGAUGUGCGACAGCAGGAGGAAGACAGACAGACAGUUACCGUGGCUGAAGGUCGGGCUCGAUGGCUCCGAGGUACCAGCGGCAGUAAGUGGCCGAGCACCCAAGUGGCGAGUCGGGGGGUGGGUGGGGGGGCUGUACGUGAAACUCAGAGAAGUCGGGAUGGACGGCAAAGGCACCCUGAAGAUGUUCACCAGGAAGAAACGGGAACUGAUUAAGACGCCCUCCAUCUCGAAGAAGAGCCGAGCAGGAAGCCCCGGGCCGCAGAGCAGCGCCUCGCCACUGUCCAUCCUCCAGGAGCAGCCUCGUCGAGAUGCUGUCGACGGCGCCCUCUCCUCUUCGCCCUCCUCCUCUUCCUCCUCCUCUACUCUGACCCCCACCUCUGCGGGGCAGCAGGACCCCUCCCUGUCCUGCCCAGGCACCCCUAGCGCCCAGCAUGGCAAGCUGGCAGCCAUGCAAGGGGUGGGCUGCCCGUCUCCUGUGGCCACCCUGAAGAGGCCGACCGCCCUCAGCAGACAUGCCAGCGCUGCAGGCUUCCCGCUCCAGUCGUGGGUGUUCACCAAAGGCCAGGGGAAAGGGGCUCUGACCCCCACGCCCCCGGCUGAAGGUCCGGAGAGCACAGCCAUCGAGGUGGAGGACAUCCCUGCCCUGCUGAGGGACGUGGCACGCUUCGCCGAGGCCGUGGAGAAACUUAAGGAUGUGGUGCUGGCCGAGGGUAAGAAGGAGAGCCGGCGUCCCGUGGCCCACGAGUGUUUAGGGGAGGUCCUGCGGGUGCUGCGUCAGGUCAUCAACACCUACCCUCUGCUCAACACCGUGGAGAUCCUGACCGCCGCCGGCAAACUCAUAUCCAAGGUCAAAGGUUUCCACUAUGAGGUUUGUAACGAGGCAGAUAAAAAGGAUUUUGAGAAGGCCAUUGAAACCAUCGCAGUCGCUUUCAGCAGCAAUGUGUCUGAGCUGCUCAUGGGAGAGGUGGACAGCAGCACUCUGCUCUCCCUACUGCCUGCUGAGAAGAGCAGGUCUAUGGAGAAUUUGUACGCUGCCUCCGGCCAGGGAGCAGACGGGGGCCAGUACAGGAGUGACCUGCAGGACAUGGGCAGGGCUGAGGAAGUGGAUAUUAUCCUCCAGCACAGUGAAGGCGGGGUUGACUCAGCUCUGCUCUACGCCAAAACCAUCUCCAAGUACAUGAAGGACCUGAUAAGCUAUGUGGAAAAGCGGACCUCACUGGAGAUGGAGUUCUCCAAGGGCCUCCAGAGACUGUACCAGUCCUGCAAACACAGCAUCACACAUCAGCCCCACAUGCCCUUGUUCUCCAUCUACUCUCUGGCUCUGGAGCAGGACCAGGAGCAGAGCUUUGGCCUCCAGCAGGCCAACUCCACUCUGCACAACCAGACCUUCAUCCAGCCUCUGAUGCAGCGGAAACAGGAGCAUGAAAAGAGACGCAAGGAAAUCAAGGAGCACUGGAUUCGAGCGAAGAGAAAAUUGAUGGAAUGUGAGGUGAACCUGCGGAAGGCCAAGCAGGCCUACAUAGUCCGCUGCGAGGAGUACGACAAGGCCAAAACCGCCGCCAGUCGAGCCGAGGAGGAGGGAGGAGGGUCCACUGCCAAGUCGCUGGAGAAGAAGAAACGAUUAGAGGAGGAGGCUCGCAACAAGGCAGAUGAGGCGGAGGCCACCUACAAGACCUGUAUAGCAGACGCCACCACUCAGCAGCUGGAGCUGGAGCACACAAAGGUCACAGUGCUGCGGCAGCUGCAGGAGGUCAUCAAGCAGAGCGACCAGACCCUCCGCUCGGCCACCAUCUCCUACUACCAGAUCAUGCACAUGCAGACGGUGGCUCUGCCCGUGCACUACCAGACUCUGUGUGAGAGCAGCAAGCUGUAUGACCCCGGCCAGCAGUACGCCGCCCAUGUCCGAGACCUGCAGCUGCCUGAGCAGCCCAGCGUUCACUACACGUUUGAGGCCUACUCCCCUUCCAGCACGGGGUCCUCACAACAGGGUCACAGGCCAAGGAAUGACAGUUUCAACACAGAGCCGGUCAGCCACACAGACAGCGCUGCCGUCACUGUGGACACAGGAAGCGGAGACAGCAGAGAGCAGAAGAGACUGGGCCACAAGUCGUGGGGUUCGACAGUGAGUGACGACAGUGUAGGAGGAGAGGGAGGCCUGGAGUCUCCUACUGCCAGCACAGGUGACAUCAGUAAAAUUCCACGAACGUCCUCCACUGGAACCAUGUCGUCCAAUGAAGAUGCAGAUGAGAAGGACGGGAAUGUGGCCUCCUUUGAAACUCCAAAUAUCAACGGUUUGGAGCCAGACGUGGUGGUUUCCACCGGACCUUUCCGGAACGUCGGCCUGUCCAAAGCAGCCCAGACCCACCGCAUGAGGAAGCUGCGGACCCCUGCUAAGUGCCGGGAGUGUGACAGCUAUGUGUACUUCCAGGGGGCCGAGUGUGAGGAGUGUUUCCUGUCGUGCCACAAGCGCUGCUUGGAGACUCUGGCCAUCCAGUGUGGCCAUAAGAAGCUGCAGGGCCGGCUCCAGCUGUUUGGAAGGGAUUUUGCUCAGGUGGCCAGCUGUGCCAGUGAUGGCAUCCCCUUCAUCAUCACCAAGUGCAUCUCUGAGAUAGAGAGACGGGCGCUCAAGAUGAAGGGGAUCUACAGGGUGAAUGGAGUGAAGACCCGUGUGGAGAAGCUGUGCCAGGCCUUCGAGAACGGCAAGGAGCUUGUUGAGCUGUCCCAGUGUUCACCACACGACAUCAGCAAUGUCCUCAAGCUCUACCUCAGACAGUUGCCGGAGCCCAUCAUGCCGUUCCGCCUGUACCACAGUCUGAUGGGACUGGCCAAGGAGAGCCUGCACAGCGAGGGAGACUCACCAGAGGGAGAGGAGGCUGAGUCGACCGGUAGCAGCCCAGCUGUGAGCAGGGGGCCGGAGCUGGUGGACCAGGGCCCCGACACCGACCCAGAGGUGCUGGUCCUGGUGGACAAGCUGAAGGAGCUUCUGAAGGAGCUGCCCAAGGCUAACAUCGCCACGCUGCGCUACAUUAUCCGGCACCUCCGCAGGAUCGCAGAGCUGGAACAGGACAACAAGAUGAGUCCAAGUAACCUCGGGAUUGUGUUUGGGCCCUCACUGAUGCGUCCCCGUCCGACCGGGGCCACGGUGUCCCUGUCCUCUCUGGUGGAUUACCCCCACCAGGCACGCAUUGUAGAGGCCCUCAUAGUCUUCUACACAACCAUCUUUCAGUCCAAAAGCUCGCCCUCUGGUACUUCCGGGUCCACCGUGUCCACACCCACCUCCACUCAACAGAGUGGUAUUGCAGAUGGGAGGACAGAGAGCUCUGCUGAUGGAGAGGAAGAGGGAGGCAGGGAGGAGCUGAGCAAACCAGACUCUGACAAGAUGGAGGAGGGAUGUGGCAGCUCUCUGGGCUCCCUGGGCUCCAGUGAGCAGCUUCCCGACUCCGACUCCGAGCCGGACGAGAGCGGCCAGCGGACCACACAUUCCCAGCAGUCUCACAGCCUGAUCAAGCAGGAGAGUGAGAUCAGCAUGGACGACCAGCUGAGCUACAGGGACAGCCUGGAUCUGUCCAGCCAGUCCUUUCCCAGCACCGACCCAGAAGCAGAGCCGGAUCAGGACCAGGAGAAAUCUGAAACGUCCGACGGAGGAGACCCGCCUGCGCCGCCGGACAGUGAGCCCCCAGAGGACGAGAGCGGAGGGGGAGAAGAGCAGGACCUGAGCACCUCUUUGGCGGAGCUCAACGUCAACCAGUCCAACAACUACGCCUGCUCCCCGGUUCUGAGCCUAGCCGGGCUGCCGCUGACACGUCUGUGCGGAAAGAAGCUCCCCCUGACCAGGAACAGGGAUCAGGAGCCGGAGUUUGUCUGAUAUUGUUCAAUUUGCAAAGUUUUCCUAAACGGGUCCACAGUAGGAAGACUUGAUGACAUGAAUCUAGCUUUGAGCACAAUUUUUUUUUUUUUUUUUACUCUGUAGAUGUUGUGAGCAGUCAUUCCAGUCAAUGUAUUUUUGUGUUGUUCUAAGCAGUAUUUUAUACAUUUCUCUUAAAAGCUUGAGUAAUAUUUAGUGCCGUAGAAAAGGGUUCUUUAAUUUCUAAGCAAAUAUCUUCACUUAUUAAAGUGCUGCUGGUUUUAUUUCAGCACUAAAAUUUUAAAAAAUAAAUCGUGCCUUUUAUUCGUGUAUAUGUUACCUGUAUUGCCUUCGAUGUAUAUUCUGUGAUUUUAAUAAAUUUUGUGUUUGAAACAGCU